AAGGGGCGGGGGUGGUGAGAGCUCAGCAGCGUGACCCUCUGCCUGAGCCUGGGUGUGCACACGAACCCCGCUGCUCACAGCCAGCUAACCCUAUGGGUAGUGAGAGUGGGGCGGGGCCUCUGCCUGUUGAAUGCUCGUCCUGCCCCUGCCGGGGUGUCCAUGGAGCCGGAGAGCGUGACGUACCCGCCUGCUCUGUUUCUACCUGCAUUUGUGUGUGCUGAGGGCAAUCAAUCAGGGGCAUCCCCUCUUCAGGAGUCCCCUUGUUCUCUCUCCUGGAUGUCACCUGCUUUCACUACCACAUUGCUGGGAGCAGCCACCGACCACAGAGAACAGAAUCAUUGUGGUUUGCCGAGAUGGAGACUAAAAACACAUAGGCAGGGAUAGCAGCACAGACAUCUCUUACCAGCUUUAUCAGCUGAACAACAAUCUAUCAUCUCCAUGGCACUCAGGAGGCACAUGAAGAACUUUGUGAAAAAUUAUUCUGAUUCUGAGGUCAAAGUCAGGGAAGCAACCUCUAAUGACCCCUGGGGUCCCUCUAGUUCACUAAUGUUAGAGAUCAGUGACCUGACAUACAACACAGCUUCUCUUUCGGAGAUUAUGAACAUGAUAUGGCACAGGAUGAAUGAUCAGGGAAAGAAGUGGAGGCACGUGUACAAAUCCCUCACAGUCUUGGAUUAUCUCAUCAAGAAUGGAUCAAAGAAAGUCAUACAGCAUUGUCGAGAGGGGUUCUUUAACAUUCAGGCAUUAAAGGACUUUCAUUAUAUAGAUGAGGCUGGAAAGGAUCAAGGUUAUUACGUGAGAGAAAAAUCUAAGCAAGUCAGUGCCUUGUUAACAGAUGAUCAACUGCUACGUAAUGAACGUGAGAUAGCACGUAGGACUAGGCACCGAACCUCCUAUACAAUGCUAUUCCCGAAGACGACCACUACCAAGGACUGUUCACCAACAAUGUCUACCUCUGAGCCCAUACCAGAGCUUCCUGAUUCGGUCAAAGUUCAACUCCAUUUUCCUAAGGCAGCAUCUGUGCCGCAGCAAAACCAGCCUUUUCAGUCACCAAGGAAAGCGGCAAUGGCUCAAGAAACGAUGGCACCUCACAUCAUUAAGAAGUCAUCAGAGGACUUGAUAGUAUUUAGCGAGGAUGAACAGACCACCACCACCACUUUGCUGCCUCUGUUUCCUUCUGAGGUCUCUUCAAACAGCGCACCCCCAGUGGUGCAGGCAGCUGCCAGUGACUCCUGGAACAGAAGUACGAUGGCUAAAGAGUUCAAAACCCAAGCAGGGACAGGUAUCAUAUCCUACCCAUCACAGAGAAGCGUAUGUACUUCACAAAAAUGGGGCACAGCCAGGAGAACAGACAGCACAGUCACAAAUCCUCCUUCCACAAUCACUCUUAGGCCUCCUUCAAGGAUGCAGUCAGCAAACACUCCCGACUUUGCAGAAGUCUUGCUUGAUCUUCAGUUAUCGGUUCUAGAAAAGCCUGCCACACCCAACCAACAUGUCCCAAAGUCAGACUUUCCGCCCUCUAGAAGUGUAGCUUCUGUGGAGACCCUUUACCUCUCCCCUACCUUCACUAUCUUUGAUCCUUUAGGGAGCUGUGUGGCAAAUAGCGAGAUUCUUAAACCAACCCCAGCUUCUAAACAAUUCCCUGGACCUAGUACAACCACCAUGCUAAACUUCAAUUCCUCCACACCUGGUAACAUGCAGACAUGUAACACGAGUUUCCAUCUCUCCCCAAGGCCAGAUUCAACCAGCUCCAUGGCAACAACUUCUUCUUUUUCCACCUUUUCCAUCUCAUCUCCCGAUUCAGUUGUUCCAGAGAACAUAGUUCACCCUAACCGUGUCCCAUCCCAUGGACCUUUCAGCUUGUCUUCACCUCACAAGAUCUCUUCUUCUGUUUUCUUUAAUGAUCUCAAAGACAGGGUUACACAACCUUUUUCUUGUCAAAGAUCUGAGGAAGAAGGGAGUGAAAACACUAGCAUCCUGAAUCUCCUUCCAGACAAUUCACGAAGUUGCCCUGGCAAAGGAAACAGUUAUGAGAGCAGAACUCUCCGCAUUUCUGGUGGGAGCUGGGGGGCAGUUCCUCUGCAGAAUAUAGACAUGGUGGUUAGUCCCAGUAUGCCUCCUGCUGGAAGCUCAUUUAAGAUGGACACUACACAGAAAGCCAUGGGCACUUUGGAGGAGAUAAAAAAUGCAGUUCUGGGAUUGCGAGAGGACAUAGGCAAUGUGGCCCAGCAGCUGCAAACCAUUGGCAACCAGAUGGCAAGUCUGGUGGGGGACAUUCAGCAUACGAGCAAGUUCCUGACAGCUUCCCAAACUGCUAACGAUGCCUCACGUCAGUAGUAAUUUUCAUAAUGGCUACAUCAAACUUCAGUGCAGCUUUAUGCUACCUUGCCCCAACAAUACGCUUCAUCUAGGGCAUCAGAUCUCUUUUCUGGUGUUAAAAUAAUUACAAAUAGAAAUCCAUGUGGCUGUUCUGUUCUUGUCAUGGUCAUUAAAAAAUAAUUUACAUCUUUAGCCUUUGAGUAUUGUU